AUGGGGCUGACUCAUAUUAUAUCGCCUUUAUUUCCAGUCCACCGUAAUUACCUUUUUGUCCUCAAUUUUUGUCUUGCAGGUCGCCGGGCAGCUAACUUCAACCACAAUACCUACAGUGCACAGAUCUCAAAGGCGUGUCUUUCGAACACUCCUGUCUCCCUCCCCUGUUCCCCCAUCUCUGGAGACUAUGUCCUCCUGUACUGGCAGCACCCUGACAAGCGGAAAGAGAUAGAGCUCAUCUUUUCCUACGACCGCUGGAGGCGAAGAGUCCGGAACGUCACCAAAUCCAACCUCAGGGUCUCGCUCUGUGACUCGGCCAGGCAGGGCACGUUUGGCUUCGUGCUGACACCUCGGCCCGAGCACGGGGGCGUGUUCAUCUGCGAGGUCUUCCAGGAUGACAACGUCUACAGCCAGAGCCUGAGGCUCAGUGUGCUGCAUGUUGCGGCACAAACCCGCCUCUCGGUAGCAUAUCUCACCUGCCGGUACUCGGAGCGCCCGCAGGUGCGAGUGGUCACCUGGACUCACCAGUACGCCAACCCCUCGCUGAAGUGGUACUCCAAAAUGCCGGGUGUCAUCACUACUGAGGUCCAGUUACCACCCCGACCUGAGACCGCUGGCAAUUACACCUGCACUCUGGAGCUGAACAACGGGGAGAAGAUCGACACUGUGCACGUGGUGAGGCUGCCCAGUGAUGAAUCACCCACUCCAUCCUCUUCUCCUUCUUUGCCUUCUUCCCAUUCUUCUCCUUUCCCCUAUCUCUCUAUCCUGGGGGUCCUGCUUCCGGUGGUCGCCGUGGCUAUUGGCGUGUUGCUAUGGAAACUCAGAGCACACAAAGCUUGCCCCGGUAUCGAGCAAUCAUUGUCUCACCACUCAGGAGAGGUGGAAAAUAUUUAUGAAAACCCUGAAGAUCUGAGGCAGGCACAGAGCUCGAUCUACAUGGACCUGAAGCCCACCAGCCAGGAUGAUGUGUACAAGGAGCUGGACAGAUAUGAACACCGUCCAUACUGACGCCUGACACAUCGCCAUUGUUGUCGCAGCCCUUCUGCAAACACAGAGAACUUCUGUGUUUCCGGAGCCAAAGUACAUUUCGCUGUGUGGCUUGUGGGAUGUCGCAGGGGCUCGCUGGGUACCGCUGUGGCCUCACACCUCCAGAAUACCGGGUUCGAGUUGUAGUUCAUGUUUUUUUGCCCCUACAGUCCCAAAGACCUUUAGAUCGCUAUCUCUAAAUUUCAUUCUUUGCCUGUUUAUUUGUGCCACAUCGCAUCCAGGAUGCUUCCUGGGAUAGGCUCCAGGAUGGAGGGAUAGAUAGGGGGAUGGAUGGAUGAACAUAUUUUCACUUGUAUAUUUACAUAUACAAGUAUUUUUAGAUUCUGAAUUAUGCAAAGUUGUAUUGGGUUUAAAAGCAUAAAAGCCGGUCUGUGCUCCUAAAACAGCCACUGGGUCUGUUAUUCAGAAACCAGGUUUUUCUCACUUCCUGUAAUUGAGCUCUUUCUCACCAUCUCAUGUGACACUGCUUCGUACGUUCUCUGCAAAUUAAGUUUCAUAAGAAAUAUAUAUUUUUUUGCUUUGUAUUGUUUUCUGUUCAGUUAUCUUGUUUAUAUAUGAAAAAACAUUGUCUAUAGCACAUAAAAUUAUUAAAAUUAUAAAAUAACCUUUC